UAAAUAGUCAAUCGGGGGCCCAGAGUGACAGCAUUAGCCUCUCAGUCAACAAACCAACAGCAGCAGCAUCAGCAGCAACAUGUACAAGCUCCUCCUCGUCGUCGCCCUUUUCGGAUGUGCCCUGGCCGCCCCCCUCAAUGAUGAUACCAUAACCAAGUUUCUGGCCAACCAGGACACCGACGGAACCUACGCCUACGACGUCGAGCAGUCCAGUGGUCUCCACAUCCAGGAGGAGGGUCAGUCGGGACACUAUGCUCGCGGCUCGUUCGGCUACAUCUCCCCCGAGGGCACUCCCGUCCAGCUGUUCUACACUGCCGAUGAGUUCGGUUUCCACCCACAGUCCGACCUCCUGCCCACCCCCCCACCAAUCCCAGAGGCCAUCCUCCGCUCCAUCCAGUACAUCCAGGAGCAUCCUACCCCCGAGGAACUGGCCGAUCGUGCUGUGCGCGCUCAGCAGAUCUAAUCCCGGAGCACCGAUCUUAGUCUUUAGUUUGCCAAAGUAGUCUUCGCAUGAUGUCUUCAUCCAUUCCAUACGAUUAAAGCCAUCCAGCCAUCCACCGGCUGGUGUUAAUUGAACUGA